ACCGUGAACUGCCCCGUAAUAGAAUGCGCUUACCAGACCAACCACGCCAAAAACCUAAACCCCAAAACCCUCCGAAACCAGCAAGGCUACCGAAACUCCGAGCGAAUGAGCUCCCACUCGGAUCCACCUCCUACAUACCGUUAACACUCAUCUCCUUGCAACUUUCAUUCCCUCGUACAAACUCUCCUCUGGCGUUUCCUUCGUUCAUAUUCUACAGCAAUGCAAGAAUAGCUAUGCAAACAACUUUAGCUAUAUAGGUUAUCCCAUUGCUACUUUGAUCUGAUAUUAACUUCGUUUUCUUCCGUUUUGGGUGCAUAUUUCUGGGUUCUUGUAUUUCUAACAUGGGUGAAUAUUAUCUCAAGUUAGUGCCUAGAAUCUUGGUUUCAGCAUCUGGGUAUGUUUCGAUUUGAGCAAAAUCUUGAUAUUUUAUUUGUUUAUGGGAGUUAAUGAUUCUGGGAUUUUAAAUUUGUUAUGUGGGUAUUGGAUAUUCCAUGAGAGUACUGAAUAGAUUCUUCAUUUGGAUGGAUGGGUAUGUUUCAGUCUGAGGAGAUAUCUAGAAUAUGCUCUCUCUGCGAUCUUUUCGCAGAUUUUGUCACACUGUAGCCUCCAUUGCAUCAACAGAUACUCCUGCAGCUGUAUCGAACUGCAUUCAAAAUCUGAAACCAUUGGAAGAACCUGCCCUUGUGAAGCUUAAGAAUGAGCGGGACCCUGAGAGGCUGUUCCAUUUAUUUAAGGCCAAUGCACACAAUCGGAUUGUAAUUGAAAACCGUUUUACAUUUGAAGAUACAGUGUCUAGGCUAGCUGGUGCAGGCCGCUUUGAUUACAUUGAGCAUUUGCUUGAGCAUCAGAAGACUCUUCCGCAAGGUCGCCGUGAAGGGUUUAUUGUGAGGAUUAUAAUGUUGUAUGGUAAGGCUGGGAUGACUAAACAUGCUAUUGAUACUUUUUAUGAUAUGCAUUUGUAUGGGUGUCAAAGGACUGUUAAAUCCUUCAAUGCUGCACUUCAGGUUUUGACGAGUACACGUGAUUUAGGAGCAAUUGAGGAAUUUCUUAACAAUGUUCCUGAGAGGUUUUUUGUUGAAUUGGACAUUUUUUCAGUUAAUAUCGUGAUAAAGGCUUUCUGUGACAUGUAUGUUUUGGAUAAAGCGUAUUUAGUCAUGGUAGAGAUGGAAAAGUUGGGAAUAAAGCCGGAUGUGGUUACCUACACAACUCUUAUUUCGGCAUUCUAUAAGGAUAACCGGUGCGAGAUUGGCAAUGGGUUGUGGAAUCUAAUGGUGCUAAGGGGGUGUUUACCAAAUCUUGCAACAUUUAAUGUUAGGAUCCAGUAUUUGGUUAAUAGGAGACGAGCAUGGCAAGCUAAUAGUUUGAUGGACAUGAUGCAGAAGCUUGGGAUUACACCUGAUGAGGUUACCUAUAAUUUGGUGAUCAAAGGGUUUUGCCAGGCUGGGUAUCUUGAAAUGGCCAAAAGGGUCUAUUCUGCUUUCCAUGCCAAGGGGUACAAACCCAAUGUUAAAAUUUACCAGACCAUGAUUCAUUAUCUCUGUAAGGGAGGGGAUUUUGAUUUGGCAUAUACAAUGUGUAAAGACUGCAUGAGAAAGAAUUGGUUUCCAAGUGUUGAUACCAUUCAUACGUUGCUUGAAGGCCUUAAGAAGAAUGGACAACUUGGUAAGGCUAAGGUCAUCCUGGCUUUGGCUCAGAGUAGGGUGCCUUCUUUUUCUUCAAGUCAAUUGAGUACUUUAAAGUCCAUAUUGUCCAGGAAUGGAAUAAGAUGAUGGACUUGUAAACCAUUAAUUUUUUUAUUAAUGUAACAGGAAAAAGCUAAGCAAGAGCUGGUAUUCUUUGUACACGAUUCAUUUGUAAAUUUACAAAGCUAAUUGGACAUGGAUUAUUAAUGGGUUUACAUCAUACCAAAGUCAUAUGCUCUUUUAAUUUGUUGCAACUCCUCAAUAAAGUUCGUGAUGAAAUGGGGAAUUCUGAUGGACGGUGGUCUCCCAAGGUUUUUGUAAGUUCAUUAUGUGAUGACUCUCUCUCUCUCUCUCUCUCUCUCUAUAUAUAUAUAUAUAUAUAUAUAUAUAUAUAUAUAUAUUAUGUUUGCCUGUGUGUAUGUGUGUGUCAUGAGCACUAUAUGAACUGUAGUAACUCUGUUUCUUCUUUUUGUAUUUUCUUUCACUGUAAAUGUAAUGCCAUUCUUUGUCAUUAUGAGUGUCAAGUUUUCUGCUCAUAAUUUCUGGAUUUCUGUUCCUCUUUCUUUUUUCUAAGUGGCUAUUUUUUUUAUAUACUUCCUAUGUACUUGGGUUACGUCCUUUGCGCUUUUAUAAGAUUGAUUUACUUAUAAAAGACAAAAUUAAGAGCGGCAAGUUUGCAUGGACCAUAGUGAAUUGACUCCUGAUAGAUAGUUUGAAACACUGCAUUAGUAUUUCAUGUAUGUCUACACGGAUAGUAAUAUUGUGUUGCAUUACUUGUAUAAAAAAAAUCCUGUUGCAUCAAUAGUUAUGCGAUGACAUCCUUUGUUUAUAGAUCCAUUUGCUGUUGCAUGUGUUGACAAUUGUCUACAUGCAUUAGUAUUCAUAUAUUUCCUUUUGUGUUAUUCAAAUGGAAAAUAAUUCAUCAUAGUUAGAUAUCAAUCCAAUCCUGAUGGGUAGUUAGUUCCCAAGAUUUUCAUUUUUUUCAAAAAAUUUCAGCUUUGGUGGUGAAGAACAGAGUGGUCUACAAAAGAAGGAAAUUCAUCCUUGUUUGAUAUCAAUUGAAUGAUAAAAUCUCGGUAAAUAAAUAUCUUGCUCUUUGUUGUUAGGUCAAAUAAUUUUGCUGAUAUUUUGGUAUUUAUGUCAUAAACUCAUAGUUCCAAUUAUGUAGCUGCACUUGUAUUUUAGAUGUGGAACUUGUUAUGCUCAAUGUUAAAGAAUCAUGCUUAUGGAAAUAAGAUGGCAUGUGGGGAGAGUGAGGGUUAAAUAUUUUUAUGUGCUUAAUAACUAUAAUGGGUUUUGAAGGUAUUCAGCUUUUUAAAGUUGUGGUCAUAUCAAGGCAAUUGCUGAUAAAAUGACAGUAGGUCUGUGCAAAUGUAAAAGUUUUCCAGCUUUGACUGACCAUAUUCUUCCCAUUUACUUUUAAUUAAGGCAGAAGUAAAGGAUUGAAACACCAUUGAGCUUAGAUGAUGGCUCUUGUCAUGCAAAUAAGAAAUACCUUUCAAUAGUUAUAGAAACUGAAAAUGGAUAUGCAAAAUGUUUCAACUAUCAAUGAAAAAAGCAUAGCAUGGUCUAAUGGGUCAGGCAUAAUGCUCAAGGGUCAUGGAAACAAAGAAGAUGAUCCCUCUAUAAUCAUGAAUGUACAAGCAACAGAAAGCUGUUGGAUCAUAUAGUUCCAUAAACAGGCUCCUUUCAUUGAUUUUUCUUUUUCUUUUUCAAUUGGUGGUGUGUGUUUUCUGUGUGGCAGCUGCUCUUAGCUGGACCGUACGAAACUGGAGUUUAUGCAGAAGGUCAUUUGAUUGUGAACUGCAGUUACAUGAAACGAGUGAUAAUGACUCCAUGAUCUUCUGUUGCGGUAUUGGCUGGGGUGGUUUUUUGGCAAGGAGCAGGCCUGCUGGCUGGAUAGUUGUUCCACAGUGCUUAACAUUGGUUCAACGGGUGGAGCUUGUUGGAUUUGGGAUUUUUCCUUUUAGGAUUAGUUGGAUAUUUGUAAUAUGAGUCUGAGUAGCUGUUAUUGACCUUAUCUUUGUGUGCUGCUUCUUAUUUAUCCGGGUUGUGCCCCCUUAAGUGCCUUCAGUAGUAAGAGAGUAGAAGUGUAUGUAGUAUUAGUCAUUAUGUAAAUAAGGUUUCAAACUCUUGACCUAUAAUAAUAAUAAUA